AUGUCCACCACCGUGACUGCAACCAAUUUAACUCUCCCCGCGUACCCUUCUCCCUCAUCACAGGUCCAUUCACCGACGUAUACCGCUGUUCCUCAGGCUCAUGAAUACCGGUUAGCUUACAAUGCGCGUCUAAAUCCCAACCGAUCGCCGCGUGAAUUUGUAAAGCAAGCCAAAAAUGGUGGCGUGACUCUUCGCCUUGCGGGCCAAGACGACCGAGUCACGUUUCCUGUCUAUGGUUAUGGCGCAUCUGUGGAGGGUACCCUCGACAUCCACAAACGAGAUGGUAUCACCAGUGUUGAAGUUCAAAUCGAAGGAACCCUCAUGAUGGAGGAAUUGGCUGAAAGUGGGACCACAAACUGCAAGCUGUUUCUCAACAAGACAAUUCUGUGGGUCAAGGACAGAGUUUACGAAGCGCCAUGUCCGCGGUCGCUCUCAUUCAGUCUCUCUCUUCCAACCACCUUUUCAGAUGGCGGAAAAUCCUAUCCUCUCCCGCCAAGCCAUGAGGCCCACCUAUCCGGCCUGCCUGGAUUUCGGGCGAGGAUUAAUUAUAGCAUCAGUGUUAUUGCUGUCAAACCAAACAUCAUACCACAUGCAGUCAAGUCGUCCUUGUUGAGGGGCGGAGAUUGGACGAUUUCGACUCCGUUUGUAUAUCUUCCUCGCACUCGCCCAUCUUCCCCAUUACCACCACCUCUGGUACCCGGUCAAUGGGGAAUAAUCGAGACCUCGCAAUGGAAGGUCUUUCCGACUUUGAUUCACGCAAAUCAAGGAGGACACGACAUCAUGGUAAAGUUAUAUCUCCCAGCCAGUCGAACAUUCUGCAUACACGAGUCCAUUCCAUUCCACAUUAUGUUCUCGUCUUCGGCAAUGUCUCUUGCUGCGUUUAUGCCUUUGGGACCGGUGGUAACCGCGUCUCUGAAAACGCAGCAUACAAAAAUACAGUUGUUGAGGCAGACGACUGUCGAUGUUCGCAAUGCUUUAAUACUUGGCACCCGCACCGACAUCUGGAGAGUCGAUUAUAUUGGCGAAGGUGCUUUCAGACAUGCAGGUGAAGGCGGCGCACACUGGAUUGCAUUCUCAGGAGAUAUUUAUAUCAGUCCUGAUAUAAAGGUCGGAGGCUUCAGGGCGGGUGGUUUUUCCAUCAAGGAUUGUAUAGUCCUGACCAUGACUCCCCCCGAUAUCUCUAAAUCGCCUUUCAAGGAACUGCGGCUCACAGUUCCUGUCCAACUUGCAACGGAUCCCUGCCCAAGAGAUGGAUCUGGCAUUGUCGGAUACAUUGACCAAACUGGUUCUCCAUCGAUAUCUUCCUCAGAUGAAUUUGGGGCUCCUCCAGAACUCGGUUAA